GGCCAACAAUUGGGCCGUCAAAAGGCCCACAGCCCACUAAGAUCCAUCCGCCUCCCUAAUGAAAGUUACGGCGAGGUUCAGAUCGAGCUUGUUUCUUUUUGCUCGCAGAGCUCCAAUGGCAGAAUCAGCAAAACCGGAUCACAGUGACGCAUCAUCAGGGAAAGAUGUCAAGGCUCCAAACAUAUUUGAAAGAGCUAAAGAAGAGGUCGAGGCAGUGUUCCACGCCAACAGAUCGCCGCACCACCACAAGGAAACUCAUGGGAUGAGCGACGACAUUGACGAGAACACGCCGGUUGACGAAGUCAAGGGGCCGAGUGUUUUCGAGCGUGCGAAAGAAGAGAUCGAGGCCCUCGUUGGGGUCAUCCAUCCCAAGAAAGAUUCGGAUGGUCACAAAUGAUGCGAAUCAGCAAGAGUACUCUUGAAGCAUCUGUCACGCGAAGAUCGAGUACGGUCGAGGUAUCUUCUACUCGUGGACAUGUUGAAAGAAGGAGAGGAGCUGAACAUUCAUGCUGAUCGGUGUUUCCUUUUAGUUGUGAAGAAGUUGCGAAUCAACAAUAUAGAUCGACUAGAAAUUUUUGUUUGUAUUUCGAUCCUUUCAUUUACAUGGAAUCCUCGGUACUUGGAUAUGCUGCAUUUGAAUAAAUCAUGGAAGGUGAAUGACAUUAUCUA